GGUUGCAAUUUUUGUUUGCCUUUAAAUACCCUUGUAAUUGGCGAAAAUACGAAGAAUUUGGCAAAGGUUUGCAACAAUCGUAGCAUACUUUUUUGGUGGGGUUAGUUUUAGAAAGAUUUCAGAGAAUCUCUCAGAAGAUGACUCUUUGUGUAUGUUAAAUAAUUGUGGACCCCGUUGUUUACAUGUGCACGUGCUUAAUCAAUCUGAUAUUCAUUGGAAUGAUAUUGUCAGAUUUAUAAUAUUCUAAUGGAUGUUGAGGAACAGGAUCUAGGAUGGCACUAUGAUGGGUUUUACACUUUCAUCGAUACCCAGUCCUAUAAGAACCCGGAUGGAUUUUCCAGCGUCAGCCAUUCCGAGUCGGUACAGGAGAAGAACACCCGGCGCUCCCGGCUGAUUAAGAUUUCCGUCUUCUGGAUGGUCGUCCUAAUGCUCGCUCUGAUAAUUUUCAUUAUCUACAUAUCCAAUUACAGAGAUUCCAAGAUUAGAUACUAUACUUCCGAAAUAACAUUGACGAUCAAACAAGAUUACACGGCAACGUUAGGAAAUAAAAAUUCGCAGGAAUACAGGGAAUUGACGUCACAGCUGUGUUCUCAGAUGGAAAAGACAUUUAAGAGAAGUAAUUCAUAUGGUAGCAAUUACCAGUUCUGUGAGGUGAAGAACCUGAGAUCUGGUAGUAUUAUUGUGACAUUCAUGUUGUACUUCACCGACACAGUUGAUGUGACAAAUGAAGAAGUAUAUAGAAUCAUUAACUCUUCCAUUACCGUUGUAAAUUCUACGACAAUCUUUGCGGAAUAUGUUAUCGACGCGGCCGAUAUCUCUAUAUCAACAACAAUAGCUGUAUACGGGAGAGAUCCCCUACCCUAUCUGAUAUCUAACAGCGUGCUUCCAGUCACUCAAAUUCCAAGUUCAACGGUGCCAGAAACAACCGUUGAAACAACUUCACCACAAUCAACAUCUGGAACAAGCCCAACGCUCUCAACAUCUACAACCACCCCAACGACCUCAAUAACAUUUAAAACCACCCAAUCGACCUCAACAACAUCUACAACCACCCCAACGACCUCAACAACAUCUAAAACCACCCAAUCGCUCUCAACAACAUCUGGAACAACCCCAAUGCUCUCAACAACAUCUGGAACUAUCUCAACUCUAUCACCAACACCUGAAACUACGUCUACGGAAACAAAAUCCAACUCAGAACCAUCAACAGCUGUUACAGUUCAAACCUCCUCAACGACAACAUCUGCUGUUCAAAACACUAUUCCAUUUUCUACAACAGUUCAGAAGACUUCAUCACAAUCAACAACAGUUAAGGUCACUUUAAUAGCCUCAACAACACAGCAAACCACCUCAGCAUCAUAUACAUCACUUACAGCCACAACAAAUCCAUCAACAACUGUUCAAACUACAUCUCCUGAUAAUCAGACCAUUUUACAAUCUUCAACAACGGUUCAUGGAGCUCCAUCUACUACGACACAAGAGACGUCAACAACAUAUCCAACACUUACGUACAUAUCAACAUCAUCAGGAACAGUUGACACUACAUCAACACCAUCAUCUACUAAAACAACGUCAACUCUUUCAUCGACAGUUCAGUCCACGUUACCACUAUCCUCAACAGUUCAAACCACUUCAUUAUCAUCAACAGCAGCUCGGACCAUGAUCACGUCAUUAACAACAGCUGGUACCACUUCCUCAGCAGCAGACCAAUCUAUGACUACAGAAAAUACACCUUCAUCAUCGAGUACAACAAGAACAGCUGCAGAAACAAAAGAAGCAGAAAUAACAACUGAAUUAAGCACUACCACAGAGGACGCAUUGACUACUACAACACUUAUAACAUCCUCAACACUACCGCCAGAUACAGCACAAUCUGUUUCAACACCAACCACAUCAACACCAACUACAACAGAAACACUGAAAAUAUCUACCACAUCACCAACACCAAUUACAACAGAAACACUGAAAAUAUCUACCACAUCACCAACACCAAUUACAACAGAAACACUGAAAAUAUCUUCCACAUCACCAACACCAAUUACAACAGAAACACUGAAAAUAUCUUCCACAUCACCAACACCAAUUACAAUAGGAACACCAUCAACAUCAACCACUUCAUCGACAACUAAAACAGAAUUACCAACACCAACUACAACAGAAACACUGAAAAUAUCUACCACAUCACCAACACCAAUUACAACAGAAACACUGAAAAUAUCUACCACAUCACCAACACCAACUACAACAGGAAAACCAUCAACAUCAACUACUUCAUCGACAACACAAUCUGUAUCAACAUCAACCACAUCACCACCGACAACUACAACAGAAACAGUGACAACAUCAACAACAUUCCCAACGACUUUAUCCACAACAGAAAUACUGACAUCGACAACAGUAACAUCUCAAGCUUCCCCAUCUACGACAAAAACACUGACAUCAAUGCCAAAAACAUCGCCCACUUCCCUAUCUACAACAGAUAUACUGACAACAUCAUCACCAUUAACAACUCGAGCGUUCCAAUCAACUACAUUAGAAACAUUGACAACAUCACCAACAUCCCCCGCUAGUAGAACAGAAACAACAACUAUGUCUUCUCUUCCAACAGAAACAUCAUCUGCUAGUCCUUUCUCAAUAUUUUCUACCUUAACACAAUUUACAGAUACAACAUUAACAUCCACUCAAAAGCCCACGGAGAAUUUAUCAAUAACAACCCCUGAUAAUACAACAUACACCUCUCUACCAACUCAAACGUCAAACAAUACAAAAGAAUUAAUUACUUCCGUCACUGUAGAACCAACAACGAAAUCAACAACAGAAAAUCUAGAUUCAUCGUCUACUAAAGUCACUACACCACAAUCAACAGCCGAAAAUCUAGAUUCAUCGUCUACUAAAGUCACUACACCACAAUCAACAACAGAAAAUCUAGAUUCAUCGUCUACUAAAGUCACUACACCACAAUCAACAACAGAAAAUUUAGAUUCAUCGUCUACUAAAGUCACUACGUCACAAUCAACAACAGAAAAUCUAGAUUCAUCGUCGUCUUACGUUACUACAUCACGAUCAACAACAGAAAACAUUAUACAAACAACACAGAUAGCAUUGUCAACAACGAACACAACAGACAACUCGACAUUGACAUCAGAAACACCUCCUGGCACUACAACAAUGGUUACGGAGACAACAACAGGUGCUCCUAUCAGCACAGCCAACAUAUCAUUCCCUAGUGUGACGGUCCUUGCUAGAGAGGACUUGGUGUUAGAGUGCACAAUUGACGUGGUGGAGAAUUGGGACACAGUAAUUGCUAGCCGGGAACUUGGUACAAGUUCGUCUGUACUCGCAUUACUCUCAAGUAAUGGCACAGAAUCACACCCUACGAAGAGUGAUUUAACAAGUGUAACCUUUACACGACAUACUGACAGAAUAACAGUUGUAUUUCACGUCAAGUUAGCUACAGCAGUAAUAUGCCCGUCACUCUUACGAUUCAAAUGCGGGAUAACAAUGGCGGACAUUGCAGAAACAGUUAUAAUGAAGAUAAGCGACGCUGAGAUCACUGCGCCCAUCAAUAACGUAACGCUGGAUAUGAAGACAACGUAUUACAGCGGUGAAAGAGUGGAACUGACCUGCAGGACGACAACCGACUAUGAAUAUGGCCAAAUUUCCCUAGAAGUCCGACUACCCGACGGCUCCGUGCUACAAGACCCCGCAAAGCGGAGCAUGUAUGAGUCACCUAGAAAUAGUGACUGCUCUGUGGAUUUUGAGUGGAACUAUAAAACUAGUUUUCCCAUGGAGCUAGCUUUGAAUGGUUCUGUGAUACGUUGUAUAGCAUCAAACACACUGCUGAAUAAAACUGCUGUCGCAUCGGAAGUGGUUACUGUGUUGCAGUCAGAUGUAUCUUUUACACAAUAUCAUGUGGCAGCUAAACCUGGAGAGCGUGUUAGUAUUCAUUGUCAGACGAGCGUGGCGACGUCAGCAAUAAACUCUAUUUCAAUUUACAAAAUAUCCAAUAACACAAACGCUACCAUAGCAAACUAUGCCAAUGGAGUACUUACCGAUAGUCCAGGAAGAUCAGUAACCUUUGAGGAUGGAGAGUUAAAAGUGGAAUACAUUAACCUACAGUGUAGUGAUGAAGGACAAUAUUUCUGUACCGUUACGACCGGAAGUUCUGUAAUUGCCUCUCCUCUCCCCCUGACCUUACAACCCACAGUUGAAGCUGGAUCUACCCCUGUCUCUCUGUCACUACAUGUCGACGUUGUGGAGGACACAUUCCACUACACCUCAGAACACUCCUGCUCCGGAGAGGUUGGAUACCCGGAUGUCAGUGGCUUUCUCUCCCUUACAAUAUCUAAUCCGACCACAGGAGAAACCGCUAUAUUUAACGAAAAAGUGAUUUCAGAUGCCAUGAAAGUCUACGAUUCGAGUGUAUCCUCUUCCCUAUAUCUCUAUAGCGUUCUUCUUGCUGAUGGGUUAAUGUUGCUGGUAAAGGAGAACACAACACGUCAGGAAAGUUGCUCAUCUACUCAUUCGCUGAAGUUCUACCUUAAUGCAUCGAGGGAAUGGAACGAAGGUAAAAUCAGGUGUGAGAUUCAGACAGAAGAUGCUUCCGUUCAGUCAAGUGUGGUGGAAGAAACACUUUAUGUGAUUCCAGUUGAUGUAUGUGAACAAUUCAAUGAAACAAAGGUUUUCUUCAUUGAUCAUGAAAAAUUCGAUAACUGCAACACAUACAUUCAGUGUGAGAAGAACCAACCUCACGGAAGAAAAUGCGCAGUUCGUCAAUGUGUAUACAUAGGGAAGGCGUAUUGUGAUGACUGCAGCCGCGCAAUAUGUACAGAGAGUCCAACGACCCCCAUUUCGACAACAUCGACCUCCACAUUGUCCACAACAGUAACGAAAGCAGCCAAAUAUGUGGAGUGUACAUCGUCAUCCGUGUACCAGAAUGAAUUAGCCAGUAUCAGCUGCCACCUCAAUGUAUCAACAUUUCAUUCUCUUAAUGUGUCCAAAAACCAGGUCAUCAUUGCAUUCAUCAGGUCUGACGGAACUGUAGCAGUUUUACCUGAGUACUCCGAUAAACUCCAUGUAUCAUUUUCCCUCUCAGCCCAACGUGUGGAUGUGUCUAUUCCUUCAAUGUCUUGUAGCGAUGAUGCGAAAUAUUCCGUUGUAAUGGAGAUUGAAAAUGAAGACACCAUUGCUACAACUUUUGCAAUCGUGAUGAAAGUGAAACCUAAUCCGCCCCUAAUCACCCUUCAUGCCGAUCUGAUAGACGGGCAAAAUCAAAGGACGCAUUCGUGCACAGGAGAUGUUGGUCAUCCGGUUGGAGAACUAGAAAUUCAAAUAAAGCGUCCCGGUGAAACGGAGUUCAAGAAUUAUCACCCAGCCAAUCAGAAGAGGGUGUACUCCUUGUCUUCUAAGAACUGUAGCAAUGUUCAGACGAUGAAUUUUUCAAUAGACCUCACAGCGGAUAGUUGGAGUAACGUAACAGUCAGAUGUGUAGCCUUCAAUCCAGAGUCAUUAAACAGCACAGAUAUUGUUCCAAGUUCAACAGAAUAUACCAUAUCGAGUGUACCAAGUGAUUACUGCAGCAAUAAAAACUCUACCUACUAUGAGCAGCACCCCAUGGGCUGUCCAUACUACGUGUGGUGUGUCACGGGAAGACCGUACGGUUAUGUGUGUGCUACAAAGAAUCUGUGUAUCAACACCGAAUCUGGUCACUGUGUCUAAAUUCCGUGAUCAAAAGAGUGAACAUGAGCUCGUCCGACCGAUGUUAUAUUUUCAUGUAUCUUGGGCAUAAUGCAGUUUGUACACCAUGUUUAUUUUCAGUGCAUUUAUUCAAUGUUUGUUAGGGUAGAGUCCUAUGACUGUGAUGCUGGUUUAACUCUCUUGAUUUGCAUUAAGUUUUUCAUAUCAUGGUUAUUUAAUCUCAUGUGAUAAUCAAGUUAUAUAUAUAUAUUUUUCCAAUACACAAAACCAUUUACAAUGUUUCAAAAUGCUAGACUAAUUUUAAUGAUGUUGAAAUUCUGACCUUUCUUCUUCUUCGCACCUCCAAUCUGCUGUUUUCUGAGGUAUGGAACACUGAAGUACAAAGAGUCCAGCAGACCAUUCUACUGAAUAUGAGCUCGUACGACAGAUGCUAUAUUUUCAUGUAUCUUGGGCAUAAUGCAGUUUGUACACCUUGUUCAUUUUCAUGGCAUUUAUUCAUUGUUUGUUACGGUAGACUCCCGUGACUGUGAUGCUGGUUUAACUCUCUUGAUUUGGUUUUUAAAUUAUUUGAAAAUCAGUUUUAUACAUAUAAAAAAUUCAAAACACAAAACCAUUUAUAAUGCCUCAAGACGCUAAACUCAUUUUCAUGAUGUCGAAAUCCUGACCAUUUUUUCUUCACACCUUUAAUUUGUUGUUUUAAGAAGUAUGGAAUACUUAAGUACCUGUUAUGUAGAAGUAUACAACGGAACAAUAACAGAGUCGGCAAUGUUCUAAAGCAUCAAACUACUUAGACCAUUUGGUCCUGUUAAUUAUUUCCACACCUGUAAUCUGUUGUCCUUGGAUGUGGGAGACACUCGGGUACCUGUUGUGUACAUGUAGUGGUCUACAGAACUUGAAAAGUACACUGAAAUUAUAAAGUAAGUGUAUCAGUAAACACUGUAUUGCACGGGAACACUAUCAUUACUUUAUUCAAUAAACAUUGACCAAUCACAUAGAACUGAAUUUAAUUACUACUGUUAUGCUGUCCAUUUUUUAUAAGAAUAUCAAAUACUAUUCGAAGAAACCGGUUUUCUCAUGUCCUGCAGCUUUGUUAUUUUUCUUGGCAAUUAACAAUAGAAUACAUAUUGUUGGUUGAAAAUUGUCAUUUAUUAAUGACAAUUGAAGAAGUUGACAACUUAUUUACAACCCCUAUAAUAGAGAGAUCCCCGAGUACCAAAACUACAACUCAGACAACCUAAACAAGAAUGACAUUGGGAUAUCCCUAAUUUUUAUAAAUCUUGUUAAAUACAAACAUAAUGAAAUAUAAAAAUAAGGUGGCACCUUAAAAUUUAUCCAUAAAAUGUAUGCUGAUUAACUGCACAGUUGGUGGUUUUGUUUUAUGUACAUGCAUUAUCUAUUAUCGGCCGCCAGGAGGAGGGCGAUUAUAUAUUAUGGUUUUAGAGAAACAUUUGUGAUGUACUGCCGGCCUAUGAAAUAAUAAACUUAAUCAUAUAUAUGCAAACCCAUCAUUAUCAUUUGAUUAUUUUAUUGAAUUGAAUUAUAUAUAUUUAUAAUCAUGAUUUAAAAAAAAAAUAAACAAUAACGUUCAGUGUC